AUGUCACGAGAAGAAAUCUCGAGGCUACGACUCUCCAAAAGAGGAAUCAGCAAACGAGACGUUGCCGGCGACAGCCACAACCCGCCAGAGUCUGUAAAGGGGCCUGUCCUCGGCCCCUUGAUACCGACGACAGCGGCGGUAGACGUCUUGAGCCUUCAGCAAUCAAUACCCCCAAGGGAGUCUGGAGCUGCAGAGGUCAGCAAUGGCUUUUACGACUCACGACACCUAGCAAACCCCACGCCGGCUUCGCCAGGCGCGCCCUUGGGGCAAUUGGCUUUCACUACCGUCUCGGACAGCCCAUCUCAGCAGCAGCAACAUCCCAGCUACAUCGGCGACAGUGGAUACAUGCAGAUCUUCAGCCACGAGAGUGGCAAGCCGAGCCAACAACAAUCGUUUGGUGCAUUGCCCCAGAUCAUGGGAAUCGACAAUAUUCCUCCCGGUCUGCAGGAGAGCCAUCUCGAUGUGUUCUUCGAGUAUGCGCUGACGUGGUGUCCGAUCUUGGAUCGACAUGUCUUUGACGCCGAUCCGGACCUGAACCAAUCGCUGCUCCUCCGACACGCCCUGGCCUUGUGUGGUAACCAGAUCAAGCCGUCGUUGCUAGUGCAUGCCUCUUCCAUGGACCAUUACAACCGCGCCAAAGAGUUGUUUUAUGGGAACCACGAGCCCAACCCGCUGGUCCGUAUCAUGGCCCUGAUGUUGUUCUACUGGUGGAGCACCGAACCUCCCAACGUCGUCAGCCUUGAUACCACUUGGUGGUGGACUGGCACUGCCAUCCGGCUCGCUCAACAGAUUGGUCUGCAUCGGGAGCCGUCACCUAAUCAAGCUCUACUGGCCGCGGAGUCUCCUGGCUUGAGGCGACGUGUCUGGUGGACUUUGGUAGCUCGUGAACGAAUCUCGGCUGCUUCGCAAGGCCGCCCAUGUCUGAUCGACUUGGACGACUGUGACGUGCCCAUGCCGACGCCCAACGACUUUCCAAACCCGCAUGAUGUCAGGACAUCGUUGUUUAUCGCAUGGGUACCACUGUGCGAGAUCAUCGGACGUCUCGGUAAGAUGUUACGGCGGAGGCGCGACGCUGACUCGACUGCGAUUCCCCUGGCGCGCGAACUCAUCAACUGGGUGCAGUCGCUGUCGUUUUCGCUGCAGCCUGCCAUCAGAGGAAACCGGACAACCGGCUUCAACCGGGACGUGCACGGUAUGCACUUGACCUACCUCUCGAGCAUCACCCUGUUGCAUCUCAACAAGGAGGCGCAGCCUCUCCCCAAGGCCUCCAUCGCCGCCAUUGUGGCCGCCUCCUGCACGGCCCGGAUCUUCCACGACUACCUCCUUCGCGGCUCCGUCACCUUUCUUGCUGGUCAAGCAGGCUGGUACAUCACCAUUGCCACUCUAGCACUGCUCCACGCUCGCCGCCUGGAGGGGCUCACUGCCGAUGCCGACGCCGACAUCCGUAUUCUUCGAGCCGCGCUCGGGGCCAUGGCGCGCCAGUGGCAUUCUGCUCAAGUGUUCCAGGCAGGCAUCGACAAGCUAAUCGAGGCCAGAAACACCACCAUCAACAACAACAACGACAAUACUUCGGCAACCAACCACUCUGUGGUCCCAACAGAGGUGGUCUCGCCGUCCAUAGACGAGCUCUCCGCCAUCGAGGGCAUCAAUUGGCAGGACUACUUCCCCUACAUCUCGGGGGAGACGAGUCCACUCAUUGGUCGUCUAUUAACCGACAAUAAGCAGGCGAUACGGCUGCCAGAGCUCGGAUGGACGUUUGAUUUCCCUAGUCGUCUCAACCAGUUCUUCUCCAGGCCGGACGAUUUCAACGUAGAUUUUUUCAGUUUUUAA